AUGCGUAAGGCAGGUAGAGCUAUUCAAAGAGGUGGUGUCAGACCACAUGCAGCUGGGAGAGUCUAUGCUUUGACUGGGGCAGAGGCGAUAAGCUCAGGUAACCUCAUCAUCAACUGUGGCUUGCUAUUUGGUGUGCCUUGUGUGAUGCUAUUUGAUUCGGGGGCCAUACACUCCUUCAUAUCGGAGGCAUGUGUUAAAAAGUUGGGAUUGUCUGUUGAGGAGUUAGAUCUUGGUCUGGUGGUGUCUAUACCAGCAUCGGGAUUAGUCAGGACGUUUUCUAUAUGUGUUCGUUGUCUGAUUGUUGUAGAGGGGCGUCGGUUUAAGGUAAACCUCAUAUAUUUACCUUUGGAAGGGCUAGAAGUGAUCUUAGGAAUGGAUUGGCUAUCUGCCAAUCGCAUCCUUAUCGACUGUGGCAACAAAGAGUUGAUGUUUUCGGAUGAAGACGAAUACAUGUCUUUUUCAAUUGACGUAUUGAGACAAGACAUCAUGAAGGACGCUAGUUGCUUCUUGGUGUUAUCACAUAUGGAAGUGACACAGGGUUCAGAUUCACCGGCUCAAGAAAAUCAGGGUGUAAACCUCGCUGUUGUGAAUGACUUCUUAGAUGUUUUCCCUAAAGAAGUUCCAGGUUUACCACCUCCAUGA